UGGCCGUGCUGUCCUGUACGCAGGUACGGAGAGGAACACCUGAUAACACAUUCCAUGGCAAGAACGGGCAGCUACCUGGUAUGUCCAGGCACCAAGCAGGGCCAAUCAAAAUCUUCCCCUGAGCUGUGCCAGCCAAUGAGAACCAGAGCUGCUCUUUUCAUGACUGCGUACAUUAGGGCGUGUUGUCUUCUCUUAAACCGUUGAACAGAUUACACAGGCUCAUUUUUACCUGCGAAGGACACACUGCACACCUCUGCACCCCUCUGCACGAGAAAUCUUCCAAAAUGAGCAGCGCAUGUAAAAGCAAAGGCAAGGGGGAUGCGGAGAAGUUAAAUAAGGACGUGGAGACGUUCGGAAAGGACAAACUCAAGACGGUGGAAACCGUAGAAAAAAAUCCUCUUCCAACGAAGGAUGAUAUUAAGGACGAAAAGAUUCAAUGUGGGAAAGACGAAGUCACUGAUGAGGUGAAAUGCUUUGAGUCAUGCAAACUCAAGAAGACUGAAACGAAAGAAAAAAACACCCAACCAACUGCAGAGGAUAUUAAGGACGAAAAGAUUCACUGUGCGAAAGACGAAGUCACUGAUGAGGUGAAAUGCUUUGAGUCAUGCAAACUCAAGAAGACUGAAACGACAGAAAAAAACACCCAACCAACUGCAGAGGUAAUUGAGGAAGAGAAGAAAGCCAUCGAAGAGAAAUGUAUGAUAGACAAAGUCAGUGGCGAGGUGAAGGACUUUAGUAGACGCAGUCUCAAGAAGUGUGAGACGAAGGUGUGUGACACCAAACCAACUGCAAAGGAUAUUGAACAAGAGAAGAAAGACAUGAAAAAGGGGAAGUAACUGAAACACACCUGCCAUGGUUCCUCUCUUUCAGUCAUGUCCUGUUACCUGCUCUUCCUCUAAUUCGGAAUCCUGCCCAGCAUCUCCGCAUUUGUCUGUUUUCUGUGCUGCUGUGUUUGACUAGAAAUGGUGUUUGGGCUGAUGCUAAAGGGAAAAAUCUGUCUGUAAUCCCAUAUCAAUUAAUGCAAUGAUUGUGCUUUUUCCAUGCCAUUUAGAAAGGGCUGAACGGGGCAAGUUAAUGAUAUGAGAGGGUCUAGUUUUCUUUUUAAAUGGAGAAUAAUCAUGAAUUAUUAUAUUAAUGGAAAGCCAUAAAGGAUAUUGAAUAUGUUAUACCAUAAGUAUGCCUGUAAAUGUUGCUAUUCAGGAAAUGAUCUGAAAAUUGAAUAAGAGGAUUUUUUUUUCUUAAUAAAAAUGGAUGUCAAAAAUGA